AUGCGACCAAAGAGGGGACCGAUGCCUUCAACGAACCCUCCGGCUUACCUGAAGCUACUGGCUACUAACGUUCUGAAGUCCACUCUACAAGAAUCAGGAACCCUGCAGCCCGGGCAGCACCCAUCCGCAAGAAAACUCACCGUCACCGUGAAGCUACUGGCUUCCGCGAAGCCACUGGCUCUUCGUCACCCCAAGGCCUCAGGUAAAGCUUCCGUCACUGACGUGUACGACGUCCAUAGACUCCAACCCUCUGAAGACCCUCUAACCAUACAACAGGAACUCAGAAGACUGGGAAGCACCGUUCGAUGUCAACGCCAUGUUGUAGCCUUCAACGCUCACGGCUUCCAUGAGUUGUCAAAUUACGUCAACGCGUUUCCUUCUGUGAUCUUCAACGAAGGCAAUGCCUACAACCCCAGCACUGGACACUUCACAGCUCCUGUGGACGGGAUAUACUACUUUACUACCCAAAUGUGCUGUCAGGCCAAUAGCGGUAUUAACUUUUACUUGGAAAAAGGCAGUGAAAACAUGAGCGUCAACACGCGUCUAACAGCUACCGAGCAGACAGAACAUACCUAUUCUUCAUGUACAUCUGCAUCCAGCUCUGUGAAACUGACCAUGAAUGAGCACGUGUGGGUGAAGAUGUACAGCAUUUACACAUCAACCACUAUAUAUGAAGAUGGUGUAAACGCUUGGAUUUCAUUUACUGGAAUGUUGACCCAAGAGCUUUAA